UACAUUCUUUAUUAGUUUUUUUCAUUCGCUUUUGUUUUUGAUAGUAUUAUUUUUUUCCGCGUGAAUUAUGUUAAAUUGCGUAAUAAUUGUGAAAACUGAAAAAUAUUGAAAUAAAUGUGGGGUGCGGCCCGACAUAUAGAGAAUUAUUUUAGAAUUGGCGGAAUUUUUUCUCGAUAUCUGCCGAUAAUACAGGAAUUUCUCUUCGCCGCUGAAAUGUUUGAAGGUUGCUGAGCCUGAAUAAGAUUUGUCACAAAAUGUGAAGUUCUGGUUUCUUGUGCUAAAAAGACAAAGACCGUUUUGACAGGAGAAAUGUAUUUUCCUUGAAAAUAAUGCGAAAUACUCCAAAACUUCCGAUACAAAUAACGUUACCUGCUGGCACUUGCAAAGGAGACGAUUGAAAAUGGUCUUCUGGUGACUCGUGCAAGGAAAUGGAGAGCAAAUGCGAUUUUAUUAAAGCAUAUUAAGAGGGGAUUGGAUUCUUGUGAUUUUAGUUUUAUGUAGGUUUUAAGUACCCAGUGCCAAGAAAGUAGCCCUUUAAAUUCUGAAGAGUUUUUGGUGUAAUCUGUGAUUUAAUUUCAUUCGUGGUUAUAGUAAGCAUUGUAAUAUUGGCUUCUAUUUGGUGUGCAAUUUCUUUCAUGUUACCCACGUUAUUGAGGUUUUCCAUUUAUUUUACAAAAUUCAAACAAUUUUCGAUUAUCAAAAGUCUUUUAUGGGUCUCUGUCUCAGCUGUAGAAAAUCUAAUGGUCGGUUUAAAGCCAAAACUACGAAGAUAUGUAACCAGAUUCAAUCAACAGUAUCGAACCAUGAAUCAAAUUGUUCCAACUGUCUGAAUAGGCAGUCGACUAGGACGUCACAAGGAGAGGAGGUUAUGGCAACUUCCUUUUCUAACAUGAACCUUACUAAUCCAAUCAAAGGUUUGGUAAGCAAGAAACGGAACAGAUACAAGCAAGAUGGUUUCAAUUUAGACUUGACAUAUAUAACGCAAAAUAUCAUCGCAAUGGGCUACCCUGCUUCGAAUAUUGAAAGUGUAUAUCGCAAUCACAUAGACGAUGUUGUGAAAUUUUUAGACCAAAAGCAUCCAGGUCACUACUACAUCUAUAAUUUGUGUUCAGAAAGGAGUUAUGAUAAAACAAAAUUUCACAACAAGGUUAAAGAUUUUCCAUUUGAUGAUCAUAAUCCUCCUAGAAUUGAUUCUAUCGAGCCAUUUUGCCAGGAUGUGAAAGAAUGGUUGGAGAGGGAUCCAGACAAUGUGGCAGUUGUACAUUGUAAAGCAGGCAAGGGCAGGACAGGUACAAUGAUAUGCUGUUAUUUGCUACAUAGCCGGAUAUGUGCUACUGCUGAUCAAGCUUUAAAUUUUUAUGGUGAAAAACGGACUCAAGACACCAAAGGCGUGACGAUCCCUAGUCAGGUGCGAUACGUCCGUUAUUAUGAACAGCUCGUGUAUCGCCAUCUGCGUUACAGGCCCCUAACUGUGUAUAUCAAAGAGUUUAUAUUCGAUCCAGCCCCAACUUUCGCUGGCGGUCCGGGUAACUUAUCGUUUUCAAUUUCUCACAAGACGUUCGUGAACGAGGGUGACAAAAUAAUGCAGAGGUGUAAAAACUUGAAGAAAAGUGAACCCUAUAAAGUACCGGUGGACAGUGCUUCUUACUCAAUCAAAUUAGAUUAUUGUUUACCAUUGACGGGUGACAUAAAAAUUGAGUUCUACAACAAGAUAAUGAUGCGCAAAGACAAACUGUUCCAUUUUUGGUUUAAUACGUUUUUCGUCGGGUAUUUUAGUGGUGUGAACGUUAACGGUUAUGGCGGUAACAUGGCCGAGUGCUGUGCAUUGGGCGAUGAAUCCUGUUACGAGUUGAUAUUUUAUAAAAAUGAACUUGACAAGUUAAUCAAAAAGGACAAACAGCACAAAGUUUUCCACGAAAAGUUCAAGCUAACGGUAGUUGUACAAAAGAUUCCACGAGAAGAGCACCAUCCUCCGCCGUACGUUACACGCGAUAUGCACCACAUGCCAGAUACGACCCCCAGUGACAGUUCGGCGGAGUCGACUGACGAAUCAGAAGAAGACGAUUGGGAUUCCGUGAUGUUGGAUCCGGAGCACUUAAAUCCGCGCGGUGUUGGUUAUCGGAUCCUGAGCGAGUCCGAAAUCGCGUCGCAACUAACGUCGUCCAGCGGCGAUCAUCAUUCGGAAAUUUUAAUGGCGUGAUCCUUAAUGCGGCCGUAAGAAGAGUUCUCGUUUUUUAUCCUUAAGCUGACCGCUAUUUGUUUUGGUCGUUUGGUGGUAAUCAGUGGUGGAGAAAAGGCCUCAACCUCACCAAAAAGGUCUAAUAGUGAUAGAAAUAGGCAAUUAGGCAUUACAGGAUGUCAGGGAACUAUUACGGUUACACCGGAAGUAGGCCCGGGCUUCCAAUAUUCCAUGUAUAAUGUCAUAUUUGGGCUGGACUAAAUAAACUUUUGCUCAUUGCCUACGAAACAUGUCAUUUUGUAGUGACCUUCUUUCCACAAACAUGAAGUUUGAUAGAGUUUUAAGUUUAACGAACAAAUAAAUCAAGAAUUACAAUAAAGGUUUAUUCCAAAUUAAAAGCCAACAACUGUCAAGUUUGUAUCGCUUGCCUAUGUCGGCUUUCAUAUUUUGUUACUACAAAUUAUCGUCCUUUGGCUCUGAUAUUUCGCUUCAUUUCAAUAAAUUUUAUUGAAGGUUCGUUUUAAGAUGUCCCAAGAUUUAUAUUCUUCCACUGUUUACCGCCAUUUUUCAUUAUGUAUGGAUUUUUAUGUAUUUAAACACAAUUUUCUGUGUUCUGCAUUUCAAAAAACGAAGUGGAGGUGGCGUUUAAAGCCACUGUCAAAAUAUUAGAUCAAAAUUCUUUGUUAUUUAUCUUGUCUAUAAUUUUUGUUCCUUCGGAAUCGAUCGUGAGUAACCGAGAUCACGCAUGUCAAUAUAUUUGUAAAUAGAUUGUAAAAGAAUUUUAAAUUUCAAAAAUUCGAAAACACCAAGUCUUCAUUCUACGAAGGCACAAUGUCAUUCGUGGACAAAUUAUAUGUUGUACUAAUGUCUCCUCAAAAUGCCUUUGAUAAUAUACAGUGAGCUCCAAGUUCAAUAAAAUGCGUAAUAUUUUUUUCUCAAAAAUAUUACGCGUAUAUGGGAAUUUGUUGCGUAAUGUUAUUGCUCGCUCUAUUUUAUAUACGACUUAUUUUACAGAUGCCCCCAUCCCGUCUCAAGAGGGAGGCAAUUGACUUAUUUUUCCGAAUCAAGUACAAAUUAUAUUGUUAGUGGGUAGAGUAGUUUUAAAGAAAAUAGAUCGGGUGUUUGGACGUUCCAAAAUUAUUAUAGAAAUUUACGAAAAACACUUCGUGUCGUCCCGAGACCUUAAGGUUGCAUCUCACCAAGGAAACCUUGUAACAUAAGUGUUACUCAGGCAGUUGGUCUAAGCGGGAUUGCACGUUACGUAUUUAUCUUGUAACUACCUCAAUCGCGAUGUUUCGGUGUAAUUUUUUAGGACAAUCAGAUUUUUCUACUCUGAUUUAACACAAACACUCUGUUUAUUUUCAUAAUAUCGAUACUUAUGAGUAACUGUAUAGAAUCAAGUGAAAAUAAACUUUUUAGAACGGUGCUGGAUUUUCUAUUAAAAAUCACUAACCGAAAUUAACCGUACUAAACUCCAUAGACAGGUAACUAUAACAUUUCUUUAAUAUACGUUGUGGUUUAACAAGCGCUUCUUUUUUUUUUUUUAUUCUAGUGUACAUAGUUGUUCAAAAAUAGAACAAACAAUUUUUAAGCGAGAGAAAAAUAGCGUUUAACGUGUUGUCUUUGCUUGUGAGCGAUUAGGGUCAUAUCAGGUCAGGCUUGUACUUUUUUUUUUGCGGGCUAAACGUCUUAACAAUAUCUGGGUUGCCCGUGUUUACUAACGUAUGCCUAUUUACAGGGGAGUCAACAUACCUGUGAUUGUGGACAAAACCUACACUCGUGGCAUGAUUUGUAUCGGAAAAAAAUGGAAAAAGGUGUAAAUAUUGCAUGUUUUUCAUUUUUAUAAUAUUUUUUUGUUUCGGUUUAAAUAUUUGUGACGUCCAGAAAAUCGUUCGUCCACUUAAUAUAUAUAGCCUUCGCGGACCAGUGAGAUUUUUGUACAGUGAAUAUGGUUUUAUUUUUCGGUGUUUCGAUAGUUUUUUUGGACAUCACAAGCGAUUUGUAUGUAGAAAUCAUUACAUCUCAUUUUUUUUUUCAUGUUGUUUGUUUUUGAGUCCAUCAUCAUUUGCUUCCGCUUUUAUUUCCAAUUAACACACAUUACCUUAUCGGAGUGCCUUUCUAGAUGAUUUGAUUUCGAAAGUCCACAAGUGAUAACAGAAACAGAAAAAUUUCAUUUGAAACUGUUGAUCAGGUGGGACCACGGCGUAUAAUGAAAAACUACAAUGGCUACUAAUUCAUCUAAAAAAAAGCAUCUUAGCCACUGUAUUCACAGGCCUCUUUGAUACAUUCCAAAACUAAAGAGACGUGGAAAAAUGAAUAGUCGAAAAGUCGUGGCCAAAAAUGUUGACGUAAACUUACAGAAGACAUUAUUUAUAAAACGCAAAUUCUUACUCCAGAAAAUUCAUCAAAAUAAAAUUUCUGAUUCUAAGUUCCAUUCUGUUUCUGGUAUCAUCAAAAUUUUCUGGCGACAACAGUAUCUCUGUUUUAGGUACAAACUGUACUUAAAGCUUGUAUAUCUUUGAUACUUGAAUUUUAGUUUUGGUAUGGAUUACAUCAGAUUCUGAAUAUUUCUCAGUGUUAUUUGAGUGAGAAACCCGAAUGUGGCGAACGCCCAAAAUGGGUUUUGUUUUGAGGUUUUUUUGAGGAAAGUACAAAUAACAUUUUUAUUUUUGAUCUCACUUUGUUUUUAAUUUUAUCUUGCCUAUGUUAAUUAAUUUUGAUUCAAUAAACCGUUGAGUCGGACUAUUUGAUAAAAGUGCAAAGGACGUAUGUACAUCCAUUAACUUGCCUUCUCGAAAAAGAGCCUGUUAUAUAGAUUUUAAGGAUAACGUCUGUAGAAUUUGUUUCCAUAAACUAUGAAUUUUUGUGUGCGUGUAAUUCAUUAUUGUAAGAACCAAACACGGUGGCAUAGUGAUUGGCCAUGAUAAUUUUAUUUAGUGCUGGAGGUACUGCUUUUUAAAAAUUCACAGUCGCUGUUUAUAAGUGAUACUUGACAAUUAAUCCUAGAUUAAACUCGUGGAAAUAAUGUUGUUGAACCAAAUAAUAUGUCUUGAUAAAAUGUUUUAUUCCGUCAUUUGUAGAGGACGGUAGUUACAUCAUAUAAUCUUGAAAUUACGUACUUUCAUUUUCCUGUUAUCAUGAUUUUAUUAUUUUCUAUUGAAAAUUAUGAUAGAAUGACGACUUCCAGUAAAAGAAGUGUACUUACUAUAUUUAUUUCCAUUAAACCCCCGUUUUCGAGGUAUAUGCAUAUAUUUAACUAUCCACGUGUUAAUUUAAAGUAUCUUUUUGUCAGAUUAAUGAAUUUCAGCAAUAAUGUCAAUAUGCCAAGCAUACAAAAUUACGCUCUUUUCUUAUCGAAAGUAGUGUGUCCUUUCUUUAUAAACUGUCUUUGAGUACAAUAAUAAAUAAAUGAAGUAUACUUUUUUUACAUGAAAAUCAAGUAAAAAUAAUUCAGUGAUGGUUGCAAAGCAUGUUUUUGCUCAAUAUCAUUAUUUUCACAAGUUUAAUGUUGGCGCAUUCAUUGCGGACGAUGCUGUAUAUACUAAAAAGAAUAUGUUUUAAUUAGUUGUUUCAUAAAAUUAACAAAGGUUCAUUUUUGCCGUAUCAUAAAUUUCCUUUAUUUUUAUUACCAACCACUGUGAAGUAUGUGUGUCCGUUGGAAACGUACAUGCUUUAAAUGAAAACAUUUGACAAUUUGUUUGAUAGUUGAUUAGUUUAAAGAAUGUAUAUUGCUUCCCAAAUUUGUUGUCCCCUUAUAACUUUGGCAUUAUGAAAUAUUUAAUAGCGCAACACAUAUUUGGAUAUUUCUGCAACUUUGAGCAUACCCUGACAUAUUCAAAUAUGAUUUGCACCAGUAAAAAACUAGUCCAGUAAUCCGGAACUUAGAACUGUGGUAUGUUUAAUGGUAUGAUGGUCAUAAUAGCCAAGCCUAUAGGGGCGACGAAUUUGGGAAGCACUGUACUUGCGGACUGCCCAUAUGGCAUAAAUACACAUACAAAUUUAUAUGGUUUUAAUGUAAUAGUGAUAUUUAUUUUGUAUACUUUAAAACAACAAAAAUCUACAUUAAAAAAAUUACUUGAUUCAGUUUAAUAGUAUGUUUCAAGUAAUAUGAAUAAAAGAAUCAGGAAACCGUUUUUUUGAAUAUGAUCCUUUGUAACAAUUGCAAAAAUACUCAUUCAACUGAUUUUGCUUGUACUGAACAGCCCAAGAGACAGCACUUCUUGAAAUUUUUUCUUUUCGUCAUGUUUUUGUAAGUAAAUUCUAAAUUCUGCCAUUUUUGUUAAAUUGUGGAAUUUUUUAUAAACAAGUUUUUUUGUAUAUAAUUUUAGUAUACAGGAUUUAGGAUUCCUUCAAUUUUUGUGAUUCAUGUUAAACAUAAGUUAUUUACGGGGUGGCUAUAGAAAGAUUAUUGUUUUGUGUAAAUAAAUAAAAUCCGUUCAUUUCAAUCCAAAUUUGCGCUAACCUUUCAAUAUAUUCGUUUAAAUUUCCUUUUGGUUUUAUCAAAAUGAACCUCGAUAAUGUUGUCUCUCUCUUUGUCACCUCAUUUGUUUGUGGGUUAUGUGUAUGUAUGUAUGUUCCCUUUAUCAAGUGACCAAAUAAUAUUAGAAUACAUAAUUUAUCAAGAUUUUAUUCACAGGCUAUAUUAACUAGCCUUUUUAGAUUAUUUUUAAUGGUCAUGUUAUUGUGAUAAGUUAUUAGUUAGUAGAAGUGGCGUUGUGCUAUAGAAAUAAUAUUACUACGUAUACCUACGUAUACCUGCAGGACGAUUAAUUAUUGUUGCAACGCACAGUGUCUUUAAAUUUGUUUAUGCUUAUCUAAGCUCUGUAGAUAUGUCUCGCGAUCCGAAAUAUAUUUAAGGACACAAACAGAAAAUUGUUUUGACCUUUUAAGUAAAAAAAAAACAACCCACUAAUUUAUGUAGGUUUAAAUUCGGCUUAUUUUAUUUGGUAUUUGUUUUUUUUUAUAUAAUAUGAAUUUAUUCAUAAAAAAAAUUGUGAUGAGGUCGGAUUAGUUAGAAGAUUGAAAGUAUAUUAGUAGUAGCGAUUGGACACUGUAGGUGCAGUAUGCCAAAGUACUAUCUUCGGCUAACCCCGCAAGUGUUUGUUAUUUUCUAUUUAAGUUUAGAUCUGAAUGUACCCGAUGACUCUACUACUUAACACUAUUUUUCAGAAGAAUUACGUCCCUUGUCCCUGAAGAGUGAUUCUUUCUAUGA